AUGCCAGCGAACAGCAAGGCGCCAGCAGCGACCACCUCCGUCCGCGAGUUCAACAACAUCCCGGCGCGGACGCGAGAGCAGCGCGAGGCUGUUUGUGACAAGGAGCAGCGUGAGAAGGAGCGCCUCCGUGCUCGCAAGGAAGGCUUCGUACGCGUCGACACAACAGCCGCGGGUAGUGCCAUGCUGGUGUACACGCCUCAGAGUCAGGGGUUUAUGAGUGACGCCGACCGCUUCCACUCGGACACUGCCGGAGAGGAGCGUGCAGCUCGCGAAGAUGCUCGGACUCGCACCAAAAUCCACCAGGAGCGACGUCGUCGAGAGGCUGUGAACCGCGACGUGCGUCGCUGGGAGGCCAUGGACGCUGCUUCUGCGGAGGAAAAGCGUCGGUGGGAGGCGCUGCGAGCGUCGGGCUCGAAAGCUCGACGCAACAAGUGCGGCGAACCGUUCAACCCCGUGACACUGAAAUACAACGACGGCAAAGAUAGCGAACGACUUCAAGCUGCAGACGCCGCCAUCAAGCACCGAGCCAUGCUGAGAGCUCAGAACCUGCAGUACCACAAUUCGCGCGAGGGGGUGAACCCCAUCACGGGCGAGUCGGUGCGGCGUGUUCAAACGAGAGACCUCCUCCCACCGCCACAGUAA